AUGGAUAUGACACAUGUUUUAACUAUAGCACAAAUUUACCAUUUGGAGAUUUCAGAAGAAAAUGUCUAUGUUAAUGCAUUAAUUGCAACUAUAAGUUUAUUACCAGAACUUAAAACAUUAAAAAUUCAUUCUUUAUCAUUACAUAAACCAAUAAUGUUAGAUUCUGAAGAAUUGAUUAGUAACCUUUCAAUGAAUUAUACAAGUAAAGUUAGAAAAGUAUAUCUUCAAACGAUGUAUGAAAUUCAAGAAUUUUCUAUUCUUUUGAAUUUAUGUCCUUAUAUGGAAUAUCUCAAAGUGGAUUAUACAGAAAAAAUGGAUUUUACAUUUGUUCUACGAUAUAUUUUGAAAAAAAUAAAAUAUGAUUGUAAUGAACAUCUUCGUUUAUUGUGUUUUCGUGUUCCAACAGCAGAUGAUGAAACGAUUGAAAAAUUAAAUAGAAUGAUUAAUCUUGAAAAACUUCCAUGGAACUUUAAAAUUAAACGGGUAGCUGAGAACUUAUAUUUUGAAUGGAAAUGA